AUGGCAGGUUUAAACUCGAAUCCAUUUGCAGAUCCAUUUGCGGAUCCGAGUGUGCAGCAAGUUGUCGACCAAGGGAUAGUAGAUUCCAACGAAGAUUUCAAUCCGUUUGCUCAAAAUGCUCUCUCUGCUCAUCCAAGGCCUCUCAAACAGCCUGCAGCUGGAACAGCUGCAACAAAAGUGUCAGCACCAGUAAUGAGCAGUGAUGAACUAUUUCGACGUCAGGAAGAACUAGAACGAAAAGCCCAGGAAUUACGUAGGAGAGAGCAAGAAUUAGAACGACAACAGCAAACUGGUCAUAAUGCUUCUACAGGAAACACACGGUCUCAUAAUUGGCCACCACUUCCAUCUUUUGUCCCAUUGGAGCCAUGUUUUUAUCAGGAUAUCGAAGUAGAGAUUCCAGUACAGUUUCAACGCACGGUUACUUUAGUUUAUUAUGUUUUCUUGAGUUAUGUGUUGGCUUUGGCAAUUAAUGUCGUUGCCUCUUUUUUUUACGUUAUUUUUGGUAGUGGACCUAUUGGCAUAUUGGUUCUUGCUAUUAUACAGAUUUUGUUGCUGUCCUCCUGUUCAUUUCUGUUUUGGUUUCGUCCUGUCUACAAAGCUUUCAGGAAUGACAGCUCAUUCAAUUUCAUGCUGUUUUUCCUUGUCCUUUUUUUUCAUUCAAUAUUCACAUUGGUGCAAGCGCUUGGCCUGUCGCAGUAUGCUUGUGGUUGGAUUAAUGCUAUUAAUACGUUCCACCAUAACAUAUUUGCAUCCCUUAUAAUGACUACAUCAGCGAUCGCAUUCACGGUUUCAUUUCUUGGAAUGGUGUUUGCAUUGUUCAGAGUUCAUCGUUUCUAUCGUGGUGCUGGCUUUAGUUUGGACAAAGCACGCAAAGAAUUCUCUGAUGGUGUUAUGGCCGAUCGAAAUGUUCAGCAGGCUGUGUCAGGAGCAGCCCGAGCAGCUGCAUCAGCAGCUACUCUACAAGCAAUGAAUCACGCAACGCAAAGUGGGCGAUAUUAA